CGCAUAUUCAGCAACUUCACAUACCAUCGCCAAUGCCAUCCUUGCAUUGCUCUCAGCAAUCCGGCAUGUUAUACACGAGCCAUCUCGAAGCAAGUUGUCUCGUGACCUCAGUUUUGCCUUGAAUCACAUAUUUCGGCGAUUGAUUUACUCAAAAAUGGGCAAUGACGCAACUAAACAGACAGUUCCAGCACCCAGCUUAGCGGAGACUGAACCUCCGAAAAAAUUGAAACCGUGCUGUGCCUGUCCAGAAACAAAAAAGCCGCGAGAUGCCUGCAUAAUAGAAAGAGGAGAAGAGAAUUGCCAAGAUUUAAUAGAGGCCCACAAAGUGUGCAUGAGGAAUUUGGGUUUCAAGAUAUAAAGUAGUACUACAUCUCCUGUGAGUCAUGAAAUUGUAUCAAAAGAUCAAAGUUCUGGUCAACUUAUCUCAUUUUAUUUAUUAGCAUUGUAAAUUCAGUAAUGAAAGAAAUGAUAACAGCAGUCAUUGUACAUACCUCAUGUAAAUAAAUUUUAGUUUAUUAGUA